AUGUAUGACAGAUUCAAGUCACAUGAUAAAGAAGGCUUUAAUCACGAUUCCAUCUUGUGCUACAUGAAGUUUAAACCAACAAAUGAUAAAAAAAAUUAUCAAACCACACUUGCCGAAAAUAAACUUCUCAAUCUCUUUGUUACAAUGCUUAAUAGUAAAAAAGAAGGUGGUUUCGAUGAAAAAUCACAAAAUGCAAUUCUAGAUAAAAAUGGUCUACCUUUUGAUAUAUUAGCCACAUUUCUAAAAAUGGAUAUUUAUGAUCAUGCGAACCCACAUGAAAUUGUAAAUGGUCAUGAAACUCCUCACAUAACCAAAAAACCAAAAGGCUCAAAAAAAGAUAUUUACAAUAUGUCCGAACCUUUUUUCCCUCAUGGUGUUCCUUACAAAGAUGGCUCAUUCCUUAAAGAAAAAGAUUUUGAUAAAGAAUGUGAAAAACCAGAAGAAAAACCAACACCAACACCAACACCAACACCAAAAGGACCAAAAGGACUUAGUAAUUGGCAAAAAACAAGAGAUUGGUUCCAUAAUUUUGGACAGGGGAUGGAAGCUUUUGGCAAUCUUUUUAGAGGUGCUGGGGCUGAAGGUGCUGGGGCUGCUGCUGCCGCCGAAGGUGCCGAAGGUGCUGCUGCUGGUUUCGGUGAGAUUACUGCUGAUAUUGAAGCUGAUGGUGUUGGUGCUGAAGGUGCUGAAGGUGCUGGUGGUAAAAAUGACUAUGAACCAUCAUUAAUUUAA